AUUUAUCACCUUCCACCAGUCUUUCCUGAAGUCUGAGGACUGCUGUUGAGCUCAUGCUCUUUCACCGAAAAAGUCUUUGCCUAUUUUAUUUAGUAUUUGCGCUUUUAUUCAUCAUUUUUGAGCUGCACAGUUUGAUUGAGUCGUGAUGUUGUGGAUUGUGGUGUUGAUGGGGCUGCUGGCUGUGGAGGGCUCUGCGGCUGCGCUGCCCAAGAACGAAUCGUUUAUUCGGACAUUUUCUGGUUUUUUCCUCACCGUCACCGAUGAGCCAAUUGAUUUCCUGGAGGUGCUGGAGGAGGCCAGCGGCUCUGACUCGGGUCCAUUCUCCAAACCCAACAAAGAUCAACACCACUAUGUGGUUAAAAACACGUAUCACAUCUCUCCGGAGGCCUCCAGCUUCCUCACAGGCCGCUUGUUGACCGCGGUCAUCCCAACAAUAUACAUUCUAGUGUUUAUCAUCAGUGCUCCUUUAAACCUCCUGGCGCUGGUCAUGUUUGUGCGCAAAGUGAGACCUAAAAAAACAGCGGUGAUUUAUAUGAUCAAUCUGGCUUGCGCCGACCUUCUGUUUGUCUUGGUGCUCCCGUUUAGGGUAGCCUACCAUUACAAUGGAAAUAACUGGAUAUACGGGGCAGGAAUGUGUCGCUUUGUCACGGCCGCUUUCUACUGCAACAUGUACUGCUCCGUGCUGAUGAUGAUGUGCAUCAGUGUUGACCGUUUUAUGGCUGUCGUUUACCCGAUGCACUCGCUCACCUGGCGCAGUCCGCAAACCGCGUCCGUCUUGUGCGCCGCCAUGUGGCUUCUGUCCAUCGGCGGUGUGACGCCUUUGCUAAUUUCCAAUCAAACCAUUUACCUACCUGACCUGGGCAUUACCACCUGUCACGACGUACUUGACCUCCACCACCUCCGCGAGUAUUACCUGUACUUCUUCCCCGUCAUCUCUUCGCUUUUCUUCUUCAUCCCGCUCAUUUUUAGCACCGUCUGCUACAUUUUGCUAUCUGGGGUGCGCAUCAUCCAAGCCUUGUGCGCGGCCAACGUGGAAAACCGCGCGAAAAAAACGCGGGCCGUAUUUAUGGCCGUAACGGUCUUUUCUGUUUUCGUCAUAUGCUUCGCGCCCACAAACGUCAUCCUGAUGUCGCAUUAUGUACAGUUCGUGUACAAGCACAGCGACGACGCGUCCUACGCUGGGUACUUGGUGUCCACGUGCAUAGGGAGCAUCAGCUGCUGUCUGGACCCCCUCAUGUACUACUUCGGAUCUUCUCAGUGCCAAAAACAGAUUCUCGCCUUUCUCAAGUGCCAGGGCGCGUCAGGCGUCGAGAGGAGCGCACAGUUCACCAGCACCACCAGAUCAAGCAAGCUAGAGAGUUUUAAAAGCAGCGUGAGCAGCCAGUACCGGAAGCUGAUGGCAUGAGCAGACUUCUUUUAAACGCGUUUUGAGAACUUUGCAAUUGGUCAGGA